AUGAAAAAAUCAUUAAAAGUUGCAGAGGAUAGAAAAGGUGAGUGGUCUUUGAUUCACUAAUAAAAGAAAGUAUAAGAGUAGGAAUUGACAUAAAAAAAUCCCAAACUCUCCAAAUAAUAAAACUAUCCCUUUACUUUCUUUUUCAUUCUGCAGACAUUGAGAGUGGGUAAGUCUGUUUUGCAAAACAGAAAUUUCCAUCAUUGUUUUAAAUUACAAUAUAGAGUUCUGAUCAUAUGUAUUAAAGUAACCCCUUACUAUGGAUAUGUUAUAUAUAUUUUAUUUUAUAGAGAUGAGAAGAAAACAGAAAAAGUACCCAGUGUGGGAUGCUUCCAGUUGGUAAAUAUCCUUUCUUGGCUUUGAUUCGUAAUGAAAUAAAAUCUUCCUCUAUUGAAGCAUCUUCACAAUCCUCUCAUUUCCUUUUUGCAGUUUCGUUUUGCCACUUGCAAAGAUGUGGUGAUGAUGGUAGUAGGAGGUUUGUGCGCCCUCAUCCACGGUGCAGCUUCACCUCUCAUGCUCCUGGUGUACGGCAUGAUGACGAACACGUUUGUGGCUUAUGAGCUGGAGGUUCAAGAACUGAAAGACCCAAACAAGACAUGCAUCAAUAAUACCAUCUACUGGAAGAAUGGCUCUGUAUAUGAAACACAUGAAAACAGAACGGUGGAUUGUGGGUAGGUCUUUUAUUUGGAAUCAGUGAGAAUGAUCAAAACAGAGAAAAGUUUCUCACUUUAUUCUCUCUGCAGGGUGGAUAUUGAAGCACAGAUGACCAUGUUUGCAUAUUACUAUAUUGGAAUAGGACUAGGAGUCCUGGUUGUUAGUUAUUUUCAGGUAAGUAUUCAGAUUUAAUUUCAAAUCCUUCUGCAUGUUAACUAAAACAAAUGACUCUUAACUGUUUUUGACACUGUAGAUCGCCCUUUGGGUGUCAGCAGCUGCUCGACAAAUUCACAGAAUAAGAAAGACUUACUUUAGAAAAGUCAUGCGGAUGGAGAUCGGGUGGUUUGACUGUAACUCUGUUGGUGAACUGAACACGAGGAUAUCAGAGUGAGUGGAGCCUCUUUAUCUGCACAUCAGGCUGUUAUUAGUGUUAUCAGCGCCUGAGUGUUUCUACUCCUCUACAGUGACAUCAACAAGAUCAACAACGCUAUCGCUGACCAAGUGUCCAUCUUCAUCGAGAGGAUUUCCACGUUUGUGUUUGGCUUCAUGGUUGGGUUCAUCGGCGGCUGGAAGCUGACUCUGGUGGUCAUCGCUGUGAGCCCUCUGAUUGGUAUAGCUGCUGGGCUGAUGGCCAUGGUGAGCUGCUUAAUGUUGUCAAACUGAGAUUUUCAACUGCUACUUAAACCUCCUGAGGACAUGGUCAUUUAACACUUAUAGUAUGAAAUCAAAACUUAGUACAGAAGGUGGAAAAAUGAUUAUUUAUAUGCAGUUAUUUUUUAUACCUGAGUGCAGUAGGUAUGGAUUUAACAAGCGCUCCAUGCUGAAGAUUUAUUGUGAGUGGCAUACUAGACAAAUAAAGUUAAAAAAAGAUGAUGUUUUUGAUCAGAAAGCUGUAUUUUUUAAGUUUGCCAUCUCUGCUGCAGGACUGAAGGACUGCAUAGUUCUCCUCUGUCCAAAUCUGUCCUUAAAUGGGUGUUUUUUAGGCUGUGGCCAGGCUGACUGGACGAGAGCUGAAGGCGUAUGCAAAGGCAGGCGCAGUGGCAGAUGAGGUCCUGUCAUCCAUCCGGACUGUUGCAGCCUUCGGUGGGGAGGAAAAAGAAGCUGAGAGGUAACCUUUCACUCUUUAAGAUCAUAAGAAGAUUUUCUGUGAUGCAGAUACUCAUGAAACAUCAAUUCUAUACAGAUAUGACAAAAACCUUGCAGAGGCUCAGACCUGGGGUGUGAAAAAAGGUGCAAUCAUUGGGGUUUUUCAAGGAUACCUGUGGUGCAUCAUUUUCCUUUGUUUCGCCUUGGCCUUUUGGUAUGGAUCUAAGUUGGUCAUAGACACACAAGAGCUGUCUCCUGGUACUCUCAUUCAGGUAAGUUAUGUUCCUUAUGUUUAAUUAACCACACUGUAUAUUACUCAAAGACAACAGCUGUGUUUUAUUUUCAGGUAUUCUUUGGAGUCCUGAUGGCAGCGAUGAACCUGGGCCAGGCCUCGCCCUGUCUGGAGGCCUUUGCUUCAGGUCGUGCUGCAGCAAAGACCAUCUUUGACACAAUUGACCGGGUAAAACCAGAAUGCAAACACAGUCCAACUUUAAAACAGUUUAUUGUAGGAAUAAAUUGUUCCUGGUAAAAUAAAGGUCUGUGCUGUUAUAUUAACAGGAGCCAGAAAUUGAUUGUUUCUCUGAAGAAGGUCACAAAUUGGAGACAGUAAAAGGUGACAUUGAGUUUCAUAAUGUCUCUUUCUUCUACCCAUCACGGCCUGACGUCAAGGUGCAUUUCUACAACAAGGCAGCAUUACUUUGUGUUAGUGUCCCAGUUCUUGAUAUUCAUCUCUUCUUUUGCUACUUUUUCAGAUUUUAGAUGACCUCAGCAUGGAAGUCAAAGCUGGAGAAACCACUGCUUUUGUCGGACCGAGCGGAUCCGGAAAAAGCACCACGAUUCAGCUCAUCCAAAGAUUUUAUGACCCAAAAGGAGGAAUGGUAACGGCCUAAGCUGCAGACAGGACUGAAGACUUCGGAGUCUUCACUUCAUUGUUAUUUAUACUUUUGUUUCUCUCAGGUGACUCUGGAUGGCCAUGACAUUCGUACUCUCAACAUCCAGUGGCUCCGAUCUCUCAUUGGAAUAGUGGAGCAGGAGCCAGUGCUUUUCUCUACAACCAUCGCAGAAAACAUCCGCUUUGGUCGCCCUGGAGUAACAAUGGAGGACAUCAUCCAGGCAACAAAGCAGGCUAAUGCCUACAAUUUCAUCAUGGAUCUACCACAGGUAUGUUUAGACAUAAUGAGAUAAAAGACAAAAGCAUAAAGGUGCAUUCGACUGUGAAAUUAUGAUUCAUUGUGGGUCAGUAUUUAAUGCACCGCUUCUGUUCUGCUAGAAAUUUGAUACUCUGGUUGGAGAAGGUGGAGGUCAGAUGAGUGGGGGACAGAAACAGAGGAUUGCUAUCGCUCGAGCUCUGGUACGAAACCCAAAGAUUCUGCUGUUGGACAUGGCCACGUCUGCGCUGGACAAUGAGAGUGAGGCUGUAGUGCAGCAGGCUCUGGAUCAGGUAGGCCUCUCUCUGACUAAUGACAUCAUGACUGAGAUCACUUUCAUAAUGAAGCUGAGCAACAGAUGUCGCAGAGUAACACUGUUGUAUUACUAUAUGUUCAGGUGCGGAUGGGCAGGACAACAAUUUCCAUAGCUCACCGUCUUUCAACGAUCAGAAAUGCUGAUGUAAUCAUUGGGUUUGAGCACGGACAGGCUGUGGAGAGGGGAACACACAGUGAGCUGUUGGAGAGAGAAGGUGUCUACUUCACCCUGGUCACCCUGCAGAACCAAGACACAUCCAACACAACUAAUGGUAGGAUUCAAAAUAUGCUUCAGAAUGUUUUGGUCCAUUUUUUAGAAAUCUUAUUAAAAUUACUUGAUUCCUAUAGAAAUUACAUACUGUCCCUUUAAAGGCCACAAGUUGGCUUAAUACCUGCACUGAAGCUGUAUCGAUGUUAUUUUUCCUGCUAGAUGAAAUCAGUGAAACUCUUGAUGACUUUAGUAUGAGAGCAAGGAGUGAAAGCCACAGAUCCAGUAAAAGGUAUUUUCUGAAUCAAAAAGACCUCCUCAGAAAACAAUAGCAAGUAUAGGAAUUAAUACUAAUGCACCGCUUUGAAUUCACUUGAUGCUUUCAAUGUAACUCCCAUAGGAGCCUUCGACUGAGAUCUCAGAGCACUUUAUCAUCAAGCAGCCUCAAGAUCCUUUCAAACAUAAUGAUCACACCAGAAACACCGACUUAUGAGGAAAGUGUAGAGGAAGAGGUAGAGCCAGCCCCAGUAGCUCGUAUCCUCAAAUACAACCAGCCAGAAUGGCCCUACAUGCUGCUGGGGUCACUGGGAGCAGCUGUCAAUGGCUCUGUCAAUCCUAUCUAUGCUGUCCUGUUCAGCCAGAUACUUGGGGUCAGUGAUUUGUUUCUCAUAUAUGCUGCCACUGCUGGAGUUGGAUUUACAUUUUAAUAAAAGAGUAAUCUCCAAAAUGCUUGUUUUCGUAGACGUUUGCCAUUCGUGACUUGGAUGAGCAGAGGGCACAGAUCAACGGGAUUUGUAUUCUGUUCUGCGUUGUGGCUGUGAUGAGUGUCUUCUCCCAGUUCUUACAGGUUUGCAUCCUGAUUUGUGAGAUAAUUGUGAUCUACAGACAAUCCAGCUUUAUACAUUCAUGGAUUGACUCUGAUUUAACCUCCAGGGUUAUGCUUUUGCCAAAUCUGGAGAGCUGCUGACUCGACGCCUGAGGAAAGUGGGUUUCCAGGCCAUGCUAAAUCAGGAGAUUGGAUGGUUUGAUAACGCCAUGAACAGUCCUGGAGCUCUGACUACCCGGCUGGCCACUGAUGCAUCCAUGGUGCAGGGGGUGAGUAGCCGAUCCAUAGGUCUGUUUAAACUUUUUUUUUUACACUUUAUUACACAAAAUAACAUAAUUUGUAAUUAUGAAUUAUUUGUCAGGCAACUGGAUCCCAGAUUGGCAUGAUCGUCAACUCACUUACCAACAUUGGAGCAUCUUUCAUCAUUGCUUUCUACUUCAGUUGGAAGUUAACUUUGGUAAUAUUAUGCUUCCUGCCACUCAUCGGCCUGUCCGGGGUUUUCCAAGCCAAAAUGCUGACAGGCUUUGCGACUGAAGAUAAAAACUCCAUGGAGGCAGCAGGUCAGGUAAGCUCCUCCGGACAUUUGCUUCUCAAUCAGAUGGCAGAUAUUUCCUCUUCAGGGUAAGAAACUUAAAUGCUGUUAUGAUGUCCUGUGUCUCAGGAGUGGCUGAAUGCUGAUAUGUUAUUUGGUUGCAUAACACAGUACAUAUAGUAACAGAGGUCUAACACCUCUGCAGGUUCUCUGAACAGACACUAUGAUGGUGUGACCCCGUUAAGGAGUCACAGUCGCAACCUCCUAUCAUGACGAAUGUGAUAUCUACAGGAAAAUACAAAUACAACAUAUAUAAAUACAAAGGCUAUCGUUUAAGAUCCUACUGUGUCCCUCAGGUAUCCAGUGAGGCUCUUGCCAACAUCAGGACCAUCGCUGGCUUGGCCAAAGAGAGCUCAUUCGUGGAUUCAUAUGAGCAAAAACUCGAGCUCCCCUACAAAUCAGCCAGGAAGAGAGCCAACAUUUAUGGCCUUUGUUUUGGUUUCGCCCAGUGUGUUAUCUUCAUGGCAUAUGCUGCAUCCUUCAGAUAUGGAGGCUAUCUGGUUAGCGCUGAGGGUUUGCAGUACGUGAUAGUAUUUAGGUUGGUGAAGCCAGUUAUUUGAAUAAAAUUCUUUAUUCUGAUCCUUUUUUUAAAAUCUAAUUUGUAUUGUGAUGACCAAAGUUAAUCUGGUGUUUCCCUAGGGUUAUUUCUGCAGUUGUUAUCAGCGGGACAGCACUGGGCAGAGCUUCAUCCUUUACUCCAGAUUACGCCAAAGCCAAAACUGCUGCUUCACAGUUUUUCAAACUCAUAGACCGAGUUCCUAAAAUCAGCAUCAGCAAGACAGAUGGAGAGAAAUGGGUUUGUGUUUUUGUUGAACAAUCAAAAUCAUACCUAAUAAGAUGUGAUUGUAUGAACAUGUUACUUUUAAAUGGUUAAUCAUCAUUAUCCCUCUUCAGGAAUCAUUUAAAGGAGAAAUAGAGUUCAUAGACUGCAAGUUCACCUACCCCACUCGUCCAGAUAUCCAGGUGUUGAAGGGCCUGGUUGUGUCAGUGAAACCUGGUCAGACUUUGGCAUUUGUUGGGAGCAGUGGCUGUGGGAAAAGCACCAGUGUUCAACUGCUGGAGAGGUUUUACGACCCUGAUGAUGGCGAAGUGGUACGUGGACAGAUUCAGACAUUGAUUUUACUGCUCCCAAAAUGACUUCAAGCUAUUCCAGGGCCUGUCCUAACUGUGUUAUCUGUCUUUUCCAGUUGAUAGAUGGUCACUCAUCUCACAGGGUUAAUGUGCCCUUCCUGAGAGCUCAGAUCGGGAUUGUGUCCCAGGAGCCGGUGUUGUUUGACUGCAGCAUAGCAGAGAAUAUUCAGUAUGGAGAUAACACUCGUACUGUCAGCAUGGAGGAGAUCAUGGAGGCUUCGAAGAAGGCCUUCCUUCAUGACUUUGUGAUGACACUGCCGGAUGUGAGUGGAAACCAUAACAGAUAAACAGUAUACAUUAGUUCUGAUAUUUACUUUGUAUUUAAGAUACACUUUUUACUCUAAACAAGAAGUAAAGUAGGUAUUGUUGGGAAUCAGUGAACCUUGAAUCAAAGACUUUUCUAAGUCUUCAUUUCCUAUACUCAACUCUUUCCGUUCUUCACUGUUAAUUUUCAAAACUCUUUAAGAAAUAUGAGACCCAGGUUGGCGCCCAGGGCUCCCAGCUGUCAAGAGGACAAAAACAGCGUAUUGCCAUCGCCCGGGCCAUCGUCAGGAACCCAAAGAUCCUGCUCCUUGAUGAAGCUACCUCUGCCCUGGACACAGAGAGUGAAAAGGUAACACAUUUCUAAUAACCACAAAAAUGGAUUGACAUUAUUUCUUAUCUAUUAGUUCAUUCUUUAACAAGAUUCAUAUCCACAUGCACAUUAGAUAGAGAACCUCCAAAUUUCUGAUUUCUGUUUUGAAUUCAGACUGUCCAGUCAGCGCUGGAUGAGGCAAGAAAAGGCCGAACCUGCAUCGUCAUCGCUCACCGGCUGUCCACCAUUCAAACCGCGGACAUCAUCGCAGUGAUGUCUCACGGGGUUGUAAUAGAACAAGGCACACAUGAUACACUCAUGGCCAAGAGAGGGGCCUAUUACAAACUGGUCACAACAGGCGCCCCUAUCAGCUAG